UGUGAUCCGUCUUGAAUGACUCAGUUAAGACCGGGUCACGUGAUCAGCGGGGACGUUAAUGGCGCACCUUUGAGAGAGACAAGAAUGUUUAAAACUUGGACGAUUUUAGCGCCUUUCCUCUGCUGCUUAGUGCUUCAAACUAACGCACAAUUUCAAAAUGUAAUCUAUGGGCUAGCAGAGGACUGCCAGAAGCCAGGGCCUCAGCCCCUAGGAAUGCAGUCUGGACAUAUCAAGGCAGACCAGCUGUGGGCUUCUACCAGUGUACCAGAGAGAGGACCUAAUGAUGGCAGGGUGUAUGGGCCUGCAGCUUGGCAAGCUGCCAUGAAUGAUAUCAAUCAGUUCUUUGCAAUAGACCUGCUGGAGCGAAAAACACUGACAGCUGUGUCCACUCAGGGUCAGCGUGGAAGUAACCGUUUUGUCCGCCAGUACUACAUCCAGUACAGUACAGAUAACAUCACUUGGAUCCCUGUCACUGAUGAUACAACAGGGGACCCAGAGUUAUUUUUUGGGAACAGUGAUGACAAUGGGGUGGUGAUCAACCCCUUCAAGACCCCCAUUGUAGCUCAGUUCAUCAGGUUUAACCCCCAGAGGUGGAGUGUCUAUAUCGCCAUGAGAGUGGAACUCUACGGAUGUGGAUUUACCUCUGAUAUUGCAACCUUCGGUGGCAAUGAAGCCAUUGUGUAUGACCUCAGCCAACCAAAUUGGGAAAUCAAGUCCCGUUUAGACUCUCUCUAUAUGAGGUUCCGUACUACCGAACCAGAUGGACUCUUGCUUUUCGCAGAGGACAACCAGGGAGACUAUAUUAUUGUGGAGUUGGUCAGAGGUCACCUUAGGUUUAGCAUAGAUUUAGGUACCAUAGCAACACAGACGGGGGCUACAAGUGUAGAGACAGGGAGUCUACUAGAUGACAAUCAGUGGCAUGACGUGGAAAUCCUGAGAGACAGAAAGGACAUCACUGUCACUGUGGACAGACUGACCCAGACCCAGCAUGCCAAUGGACUGUUUGAUAGACUGGACCUGGACAAGAAGAUCUACCUUGGAGCAGCCCCUGAUUACAGAAAGCGUGGUAUGACAGUGAGGCGGGGCUUUAAAGGCUGCAUGGAGAACGUGGUGUUCAACGCCAUGCAUUUGAUCCGUGAUGCCAAGGCACAGGUUGCCAGACAUGACACCAUGGGGUCCAUCGCAUUCAGCUGCAGGAGGGCUAUAACUGAAACUGUGACGUUUCCAAGUACUAUGUCCCACUUGAAGAUCCCCACCUCUACAGGGGCUCUCAACACCUACUCUGCCAAGUUUGAGUUCAGGACCUACAAUGAAGAGGGCAUGAUGCUGUACCAGGAACUGCAGGGAGGUCACGUCAUGUUGAAAAUCAUCAAGCCUGGGUUUCUGCAGUACCAAAUCAAAGGCAGGAGCAGCCUGGAUGGCUCCACCAUUCCAAUAGUGGAGGAGACAAUUGAAAAUAUAGAUCCUAAGAGUACUGACAAGGCAUUCAGUGAUGGUCUGUGGCAUGCAGUGGACUUGUCUAUUGGGACAAACAAAAUUAACUUGACUGUGGACGGCUACUCCUGGGUCGCCAAGAGAAUCCUGCAGAUAGAGACCUCUUCCACUAAUAUACUUAUUGGAGGUGGCAGAAAUGAUCAGCAUGGUUUCAUAGGCUGUAUGAGGAAUCUUGCCAUUGGUGGUAAUCCUUUCAGUGUGAAUGCACUCCCUGUUGGCACUAAUAUUGGAGCUGCCAAUGGAACAUGUGGAAUGAGAGAUAGGUGUCUCCCCAAUCCUUGUGAACAUGAUGGUGUGUGUACCCAGACCUGGGAUUCCUUCAACUGCACCUGCAAUGGCACGGGUUAUACGGGAGCUGUGUGCCACACAUCCGCUCACCCUGUGUCAUGUGACGAGGUUAAGCAGCUGGACAGAACAUACAAACUGACCGAGAAGGAGACCAUGAUUGACCUGGAUGGGUCUGGCCCAUUGAAGCCAUUCAAAGUUGUCUGCAAAUUCACACAGACGGGUGAAAAUGAAACCUGGGUAGGGCACCAAAAUGGACAAGAGACUACGGUGAAUGGUUUCCAACAGCCGGGAUCGUAUCGGCAGGCCAUAACAUACGAUGCCAACAAACAUCAGCUGGAUGAGUUAAUACGGCGGUCUGACACUUGCCGCCAGUUUAUCCAGUACAAGUGUCGGCAGUCCAGACUCAUGACCAAUCCAGGUAUUGAAGAAGGUCCACGUUCCUAUGGCUGGUGGACUGGACGCACAUACCAACGCAUGUACUACUGGGGUGGCGCAGCGCCGGACACGGAGUCCUGUCAAUGUGGCAUCACUGGACAGUGUGAGGACAAGACACGACUGUGUAACUGUGACUCAUCCAAGCUGGAUUGGACGGCUGACGAGGGGUAUCUGUCAUAUAAGGAGCAUCUUCCAGUGAUGGAGCUUUUCUUUGGAGACACUGGAACUCUGACAGACACAAAAGAAGGGAAAUACACACUGGGCCAGUUGAUUUGUGUUAAUGAUCAUUUCUUCAAAAAUACAGUGACAUUCCGUAAAAUGGAUGCAGCACUGGAGUUUGACACACUAAAAGCUUCAGAAUCAUGGGAUAUCCGCUUCCAGUUUAAAACAACUGCAACGACCGGUAUCUUCAUUAAAAACACUGGUGCCUCUGACUUUAUUGAGGUCCGACUAAUAACUGCAAACACCAUCUAUUUCCGCUUUGAUGUUGGAACUGGUAUUCAGACACUAGCCAAGAUCACCUCCUUCCCUCUGAACAAUGAUGAGUGGCACACAGUCCACGUGGAGAGGAACCGUAAGGAGGCAACACUUAAGGUAGACACACAGUCUGAGGUGGAGAUUCCAGAGCCACAGAACCUUGGCUUUAGGCCACUAGCCUUGAAUUCUAGGCUUUUUGUUGGGGCUGGUGUGGACUAUCAGGAUGGAUUUGUUGGCUGUAUGCGUGCCCUGCAGGUGAAUGGAGUGAAUUAUGACAUGGUGAAAAAAGUGCAAGAAGACCAGUAUAAAUAUGGACUGGAAAUUGGUUGUGUUGGCAAGUGCAUGAGUAACCCCUGCCUGCAUAAUGGCGUGUGUAAGGAGUUCUAUGACCGCUAUGAAUGUGAAUGCACCUACACAACAUACAGAGGCUACAUAUGUGGCAGAGAGGUUGGCACUAACUUUUUGAGGAACAUGAUGUUGCUGUACACAUUUGACUCCACAUUUGGGAGUGUGUCCACUGAUGAAGAAACCAUCCAGAUUGGAUUCUCUACACAGCUCAAGCAAGGAAUACUCAUGCAGAUCCAAAACGCCGACAACUCUGAGUAUUUGACUGUAGAGAUUAAUAAUAAUGGUGGUAUCAAGGUGUCCAUACAGGUGGGAUUUGGACUUGAGGAAUUAAGUACUGCACCUGGUUUGGGAGUCCUCUUUGAUAACAAACAGCAGCAUGUGGCUAGAAUAUGGAGAACUAACAAUGGAAGAGUGCUGCAUGUUCAGGUUGAUGAGUACCCCGAGGUCACGAAGACGUUUAAUCUGCCUCCCAACUCUGACACCAAGCUGGAUGCUCCUAAGUAUAUGUACAUAGGAAAGAACACCUCCACACCUGUUGGGGAGGGAUUUGAAGGCUGUAUUUACCACAUGCAGUUUGACACCAUUUAUCCAAUAAAAGAAGCUUUUAGGGAUCCAAGACCAAACUGGAUUCAGUUGUUCCCUAAAGCAAGUGACUUCAAUGAGAGCAUGUGUGGAUUUGAAGAAGUUCUAGAUGAAGACCAGCCAGAGGAACUACGCCCUGAUAGAGGAGUGAAGAGAGAGUUUAUUCCAUCACAGUAUUUGGAGAGUAACCAGGCCCAGAGUGCUGUGAUAGGAGGUGUCUUGGCGAUAGUCUUUGUGAUACUGAUCCUAGUAGCCUUCCUGGUCUAUCGAUACUGGAGGCGAGAAAAGGGAGAGUACAAAACAUAUGAGGCCAAAGGGGCGGAAGAAUCGAAUCAAGCUGACGAGGCCAUUGCACGUGGAGCAACGCGGCAGCCUGAAGUGUCAACAAAGAAGGAAUAUUAUAUAUAAGACUCUGCUGUCUAGUUUUUGCUGCCAUUUCAAGAUUUUCUUGUGUUAUUGGUCAGUUUUUUUCUCAUUUUGAUACACUUUCAUUUUUUCAGCUGUUUUGAAUUAGAAAGAGACUAUAUUAGUUCACACUCUAAGUGUACAAAUAAGGAUUUAGUUGAGGUUCAACAAGUUGACUCUGUCCAUCUGCGUUGUGCAAAUUGCCACUGCCACUGACAAAUAUUUCUCUGACAUUUUUUUUAAAAACAGAAAUAGCCAUUUUCUGGUAAUUAUUUUCUUUUCAGUCUUUUUAAGGAGUGACUAAUGAGUAAUCUAUAUUUUGUACAUAUUUCUUUAUCUGUAAAGUCUGAGCAGUGUAAAAAAUUUGCUGUACAUCUAACCAGACUUUUUUUUAGCUUUUUGUACCAUAAAUUAGUUAGUCUCCCUCCCCUUUACGUAUUGGUAUACCCAAGAUCUAGAAUUACAGUGCUUUGAAUGCUAUGUAGUGUAUAUUAAUACUCUUCCAUUAGAUUGUAGUUGAUAUUUAUGGGAUCAGCAGGAACAGUUUCAUACUAGCUGUACAACAGCUACUUGUAAACAUGUAUAAUUCAAUGUACAGAUACAGCUUCACAAAAAUUUAAUAUGAAAUUUACACUCAAGUAGAAUUUUUUUGAAGCACAUUCCAAGUAUUGGCAAAGCUAUGUAUGUAACAAUUGUCCAUAUUAUGUUUUAAAAAACAUUUGAAAGGUACACAUUUUACAUGAAUAUAUGUAUAUUGUGGAAAAAAUGUGAUUAUAUACACUUGCUGAUAUGCUCUGGGGCCAUCUGUUGUUUUAAGGACCAGAAAAGGUUUUAGAAAGCUUCUUUAUUAAUGUGUAGACAAUUCUAUUUUAGAAGUAUGUACACUGACAUAAAUGUAAAUAUUGCAAUUUAAUUUUAAUGCUUUUAAAAGACAGUUUUAGAAAUUAGUGUCUACCUUUAUAUGAUGCCCAAUCAUAAACUUGUUAAGAUUUUUUUACUAAGACAAACCAAUAUUAAGGAUGAGUAUAACUUAAUGUGUCAAGGUUGGAAAAUGUAGAUAGAUAUUUUUUCACUGACAACAAAUGUAAAAUAAAAAAUACAUGGAUGAUUUA